AUGCGUUUACUACCUCCUUUGUCGCCAUCGUCAUCUUUCUUCAAGAAGAAUAUCUGCGGUUUUACGUUCGACACGCAGAAAUGCGUCGCGAGAGAAGGCCACUCCGGCCUCGCCACGACUGCAGCUCAAUGCAAGAAGAUCUCUUCCACACCAACUGCAGGCAGCGAGGAUGACGCUGCGAGAGCGAAGAGGGCAGCCGAAAUUUGGAUCGGCAUGAAAAAUCACGUUCUGAUUGGACGGAACGACAAACCGACGUCUGGUCGGCACCUGACAUCGACCUGGCUCCCGAAGAAUCCGGACAUCGCUAAGGUUAUGGAGAUCAAUGAAGAGACGUCUCUUGCUCGGGUUCCCUUCGGUCAAGAUGGAUCGAAGAGAAAGACACUGUUCAUUAACGACCAUGUCAUGGGCCUCGUUAGCAAGAAAGAGAAGGCCUUCACGGGCAAGUACACUGAACAGAUCGUCGGGGACGUCUGCAAAGCAGCGAUCGAAGCAUCAACUUGA